UGGUCGAUUAAAAGACGACGUAGAGAUCCAGGAAGAGGAAGAGGAUGUUUUCAGUGAGUGUCAAACUGCUGCUGGUCUCAUUGGAUCCAGCUGCAGAAUGGAGGGAACAUCUGUCCUCAGGCUGCUGGCUCUGAUCUCUCUGCUGAGCCGCUCAACAAACCAAGUUCGUCUGACUGUGAGUCCCAGCAGAUCUCAGUUCUUUGAAUAUGAAUCUGUGACUCUGAUCUGUGAGGAUGAAAACGGAUCUGAUGGAUGGACUGUGAGGAGAAACACAAGCAAAGACACCAGAGAUGAGUGUGAGGACUGGGGUCAACCAGCGAACUCUUCAUGUACGUUAACUGGUCUCCUCCCAUGGGACACUGGUCUGUACUGGUGUGAGUCCAUGUCUGGAUCCUCCAGCAGCAGCAGCAGCAUCCAGCUCUCUGUCUCUGGUGGAUCAGUGAUCCUGCAGAGUCCUGUCCUCCCUGUGAUGGAGGGAGAUGACGUCACUCUGAGCUGCAGAGCAAAGAAUCCAACCCACAACCUCCCAGCUGCUUUCUAUAAAGAUGGCUCCUUCAUUGGUGAUGGACCAUCAGGUCACAUGACCCUCCUCCAUGUUUCCAGCUCUGAUGAAGGCCUCUAUAAAUGUAACAUCAGCCGUCAUGGAGAGUCUCCAUCCAGCAGGAUCUCUGUCAAAGAAAAAUCCUCGCCUACUGCACCUACGUUUUUAUUUGCCCUCCUGCCUGCUGUGCUUGCCGUUGUUGUGGUUUUACUGGUAUUGCUGGGAGGACUGGUGAGGAGACACUCAAACAGGAAACCUGAGAAAGUUGGAGAGGAGGAUAUCAGAUACGGUGACAUUCGCAUAUUGCCUCAUCAACACAGGAGCAAUACACCAAACAAUGAGAGCCAUCCAGACGCCGUCUAUUCAGCAGUGAGGACAGAAGAUGCCAACUAUUGACAUCAUCAAACACAAAAAGGACAAGACAAGAAGCAGAGUGGCUAAUCAAAUUGACUCCACCUGGAAGUGGGUGCUGCCCUGCUUGUCCUGUGUCACAUCCUGAGGCCUACCGUGAUUGGGUCAUCAAUUGCCGGCUCCACCAAUCACUGUUGAGGCCUCCCUUUAAGAACCAAGGACAUCCUGGGAGAAGGGGCGGCUGUUUCUUUGUUUAGACAGCUUGCCACUUUGUUAGGGGGUUUGACUGCUGUAAACUUGUUUUGAUAGCUCUGACAACCUUUGUUAGCUUGGAUAGCUUGUGUCACUCACUUUGUCCCUGUGUGGGAUCUUUGAUUCUCUGUUAGAGAUUUGUAGUUUGUUUGUGUACCCUGUUCUGAAAGUCUAUUUUUGUUUGGUUAAGUUCUUUGAUUUACAAUUGAUUGUUUUGGGGUUUUGUUUUGUUUAGUACCCUUUUGUUAGUCUCUACAUUUUGACUAUUGUUAAUUUUUACCCCCUUUAUUUUUGUUGAACCCUAACAAUAAAACCUCUAAACUGUUAAACCUUACCACCUAGGUUUCUUUAAUGUUACUUCCCUUUCCCCUGGCCGAGCCGGGUCGUAACAGCCUAUAAAAC